UUUGCUACUUCAGUUCUCGUGUUCACUGUUGUACAACGACAAUUAAUUUUCCAAUCAACCAUUGACUCGCUUCUCAUUACCUUUGACGACUUUGGUGACGAUUAUACUAAGGCUCUCAAUGUCUCAGUCCUGAACCAACAACCUCUGGUGUACGACCAACCGCCCAGUCAAACGGCCACGAUUCCGCGUAUUAUUCACCAAAUAUGGAUGCUUGAUGGAGACGACGAAGAAAUUCCGGAAAUAUGGCAGGGAGCAAGGGAUCUUUGCCAACACCACAACCCAAACUAUACAAUAAAUCUUUGGGACAGAACUGCAGCACGAAUCUUCAUUCAACAAGAAUUUGGUUGGUUUCUCCCAACAUAUGACGGCUACACCUACUCCAUACAGAGAAUUGAUGCUCUGAAAUAUUUCUUGCUCUGGCGUUAUGGAGGAGUCUAUAUUGACCUGGAUGUGAGCUGCCGCAGACCACUUGACGGACUCUUGGAUUUCCCGGCAUGGUUCCCAAGAACACAGCCAAUGGGCGUGAGUAACGAUGUUAUGGCUGCUUCCCCCGGACAUCCGUUCAUGAGACUGUUGGUCGAAAGUCUAGAGAGUCAUAACAGGUUCUACCUAUCCAAAUAUAUAACGGUCUUUUGGAGCACUGGACCAAUGUUUGUCAACAAUAUUUUGGGUACAUGGUUUCGCGCAGGAAUGGCAAACACCUACAUUAGCAAUGAUGCCACGCUCACUGCGGGAAAUUGGUACAAUGGGUCGGGAUGCAAAGUCAAGCGCCGAUUUUGCCAUCUUACUGACAUUGCCGUACUUCCGUCUAUGUUUUACUCAGACAGUAAUUACCAAUUUUUUGGUCAUCGUCCUGGAGGCUCAUGGCAUGGAAAGGACGUUGCUUUUGUUGCCUGGAUAUAUAAG